GCAGUUGCUCUGGCCAAAUCUUAUCGGUCUUCUACCCUUUCUCUUGCACAUUGCUCUGGCAGCACUCUUUCCUGAACCGCAACGCCCUAUCGCAACCACUAUAAUUUCGUAUUCGGCUCCGCCAAUCUACCACAUCAAAUUGAAACGCCUCACCUUUUCUGAAGAAAACGUGGGGAUGUCGUAGCAGUUGCGCGAUCCCUGGUAUAGGAUGACUGCUUGCCCGACGCAAACUGGUCGAGAGGAGACGGAGAACUCCUUGACGCCAAGCCAAAAUCAAUCAAGCAAUCUACGAGCCAGAUCACACCGGCAAUGGAAAUGUUUAAUUCGCUCAUUUCCGCCUAAACUCAUUCUGUCUGGUGCGCCCUGCCAAGGAGUCAUCAUGAUAUUGUUUAGACCAUAUGCAUCUCAUCACUUUCUUCGGAUGAAGAGAACCUUGGACUCGCAUUCCUGGCAGAGAAAUGUUUCGGCUUUACCAUUAACGAGAAUCCCGACUCAUUUUGUUGUCGUCAAAAUCUUGGAUCAGAAUCUGAUACCAAUUUUCUCAAGUUUUUGUCCGACCCGAAACAGCCGCUUUCCAGGAGUGUCGGCUGUUUGGGAAUAUAUUUCUCGGGGUUCAGAAAUCAAUGACGUACCGAAUACGGAGGCUCUAGGUGGGAGCUAUGGUGUCACUGUGGUUCCUUGUUCGACCAUGGUUCAAGGGAUGGUGAUAGGGAGCAUUCCUACAGUUGCUUUCUCUCCCAAACUUUCACUGUUGCCCUGUGAAUGACUACAGUACAGCACUAGUAUUCUGCAUUAUACCUCAGUACCCUACCCCAGACACCUUCCGGCCGUUGCACCUUUCAUUCCGAAAUCGCGUUAUAUGACGUCCCAGCACGGCUCAAUGGAUGCAGAUCCUCUGGAGAAGCAUGCCUAUACACUAUGCACCACUCUCAGCAACAUCUGUGGUUGCUUCCGUCUCUUCUCAA